GGCAGCAGAGUAAUUUGUUGAUAUCCUGCUUGGUAGUAUUAAUUUAGACUUUGGUAUUUCAAAGCAACAUUUACCCCCACUGUAGGGGUUUUUAUUUGCAUUUGGCAGCACAGUUAAUAAGAACGUUAUCUAUAUGAAGGGCUAAUGGAAGACACAAGGGAUUUGGAUGCCACCUGUGAUACCAAGAGGAGGAAGUAGACAGGCUGUCAACAGUAAACAUUAAACCCCGCUCCGGAUCAUACACACAGUGAGCAAGACGCUGAACGCACCCCACGUUCAGAGCGCAAGCGGAGAGACUCGUUCGGGAUGUUUGAUGGCUAUGACAGCUGCAGUGAGGAGUCUACCAGCAGCUCCAGCUCAGAGGAUAGCGAGGACGAGGUGAUGCCCUCCAUCCCAGCCAGCCUGCCCAUCAUCAAGAACAAUGGACAAGUUUACACUUACCCUGACGGAAAGGCUGGAAUGGCCACUUGUGAGAUGUGUGGGAUGGUUGGAGUACGAGAUGCUUUUUACUCCAAAACCAAGCGCUUCUGCAGUGUGUCAUGUUCUAGGAGUUAUUCCUCAAAUUCCAAAAAAGCUAGCAUCUUGGCACGACUCCAGGGCAAACCACCAACAAAAAAGGCAAAAGUCUUACAGAAACAGCCCCUCAUGGCAAAGUUGGCUGCUUACGCCCAGUACCAAGCGAGUCAGCAGAACCAGGCCAAAUCAAAAUUAGUGGUCCCUGCAGAGAGCUUUGACUGGGGUCGGUAUAUCUGUAGCAAUGACACCGUUGGGGCUCCAGUCAGCUGUUUCAAGCAUGCCCCCAUGGGGACAUGCUGGGGGGGCAUAGAGGAAGGAGUGAGGCUUGAAGUGCCCAACUCUGAUACCAACCUCUCCACUAAGGUGUACUGGAUAGCAGAAAUCAUUAAGCUAGCAGGGUUCAAGGCUCUCCUGCGGUAUGAGGGCUUCGACAGCGACACCAGUAAAGACUAUUGGUGUGAUCUCUGCGUCCCGGAGGUGCACCCGGUGGGAUGGUGCGCUUCGAGUGGCAAACCUCUUAUACCUCCAAAAACCAUACAGCAUAAAUACUCUAACUGGAAAGCUGUUCUUGUGAAGCGCCUCACUGGAGCUAAAACACUGCCACCGGACUUUAAUACCAAGGUACAAGAGAACCUGCAGUUCCCCUUUAAGAAGCUGAUGCGGGUGGAGGUGGUGGAUAAGAACUACCUGUGCCGGACACGGGUGGCGCUGGUGGAGCAGGUGAUCGGGGGGCGCCUCAGGCUGGUUUAUGAGGAGAGCCAGGACGGGUCGGAUGACUUCUGGUGCCACAUGUACAGCCCCCUCAUUCAUAAUAUAGGCUGGUCGCGCAGCAUCGGACACCGCUUCAAACGAUCCGAUUUCACAAAGAAAAUGGAGGGUCAAGUUGAUGCUCCUGCACUGCAUUUCCAGAAGGUGAAAGAUGUGGACCAGAGUGGGGAUUGGUUCAAAGAUGGGAUGAAGAUAGAAGCCAUUGAUCCCCUCAACCUCUCAGCUAUAUGUGUAGCCACUGUAAGAAAGGUGUUGGCAGACGGGUACCUCAUGAUCGGGAUCGAUGGUUCUGAGGCGGUGGACGGGUCAGACUGGUUCUGCUACCACGGCACCUCCCCCUCCAUCUACCCUGUCGGCUUCUGUGAAAUCAACAACAUUGAACUCACGCCCCCUAGAGGGUACACUAAACUGCCAUUUAAAUGGUUUGACUACCUCAGAGAAACAGGUUCAAUAGCUGCUCCUGUCAAGCUCUUUACCAAGGAGAUUCCUAAUCACGGUUUCCGGCAAGGCAUGAAGCUGGAGGCUGUAGAUCUAAUGGAGCCUCGGCUGGUGUGUGUUGCCACGGUGACGAGGAUUGUGCACCGGCUGCUGAGGAUCCACUUUGACGGCUGGGAGGAUGAGUAUGACCAGUGGGUGGACUGCGAGUCACCUGACCUCUACCCUGUGGGCUGGUGUCAGCUGACCGGCUACCAGUUGCAACCCCCCGCCUCACAGAGUACCAGAGAUCUGCCUCAGUCUGUACCCAAACAGAAGAAGAAGGCCCAGCAGUACAAAGGCCAAAAGAAAAAGAGGAAGAUUCCAGUUGGUCGACGGCCCUUCAGUCAGACCGGCAGGAGGAGGAGCAGCUUCUCCGGAGACGAAGAGCAGAGCCCCCCCCCUUACCCUGCACAGGGGCCCUCUCGGCCACGGCCCCGGCCCAGAACACACCUGCACCAAACACACAAAUCAGAGCCUCUCCUGAGGAUGAAGGAGGACCCGGCGGAGGUGGACGAGUUCACCUUCUCACAGGGCACCUCGGACCAGGAGAGCAACGGCUCCGGCAGCUACUACAUCAAACAGGAGCCCUGAGGGCAGGACCAGCAGGAGCAGGGGGCAGGACUCUCCUCUGGGACCCCCCCUCUGGGACCCCUCCACGGAGGAUCAGGGAGGUGCAGAGUCAACCAGCCUCAAACCACACUCAGACCAACGCCUCAGGCCUUCAUGGAGUCCGUACAGGAAAUGACGAGGAGGGGGGGCUGUUCCAGGCUUCAGGGGGGUGUCCCCUUCAGGAUUUCUCAGAACCGUUUUCUAACCUUGUAGCUGCACAUCACUCACUAAACCUGGGUCACAUGUUCGGGCAUUCUCUUCGGACCACCUACGGAUGACAUCAUGUUGUCUUAACAUCCAAUCAGAUGAGAGAUACUUGGAUCUUUUUCCACAGAAAUGGGAGUCCUGCGUGUCGACAGCCCCCCCCCCUGCCUCUGCCACACUGGGCCGUGCACAGAGACCUGCAGAAACUGUGAGAACCUUUAAUUGAGCCAGGUCUUUAAUGUUGUAUUUCCGUUGUGUUGUUUUCAGGUGAGUCGGCACUGAGCGGCCGACAGGCUGGCCGUCACAGAGUUGUGUAUAUUUUCAUUUUUUCCUUCUAACAAUAUUGCCAGCUGGACUUAUACUUUGUUAAUAGUACUUGAAGUUUUCUUUUCUUUUAUAUGGUAAUGAUUUUGGAGUUGCUUUCGUCUUAAUGUAAUUAUUUAGCAUCUGCAUUUUUGGUGGCUGUGUGGGAACCUUAAUGUGCAUUGUUUCAUAAAGUGAUUAUAUCCAUAUAGUAUGUGGAGACCUAUUCAAAUAGAAGUACAGAGUAUAGAUGUGACUGUGGUGAGAGAGAGAUCUUAGUACAGUGCUGCUCAGCGUCACUCAUAUUGCUCUUUUUGAUUUCAAUUCUUACACAUUCAGCCAGGAGAUUUCCACAGCUUCAGAAAUGUCUGAUUCAAUCAUUAGGGCACAAAAACAACAAUAUCAAUAAAUCACAAAAUCAUUCAUGGUAACACCUGGGAUCCUUUAAAGUCGGCACAAUGAAACAGAUGAUGUAAAACAUCUACUACUAUACUUUAUUUGUUGAUGAAUACUUUGAUAUAUAUACACAGUCAGGGUUAUUUCAGACAGAUGUAAGGUGACACAAAACUUUGAUUUUCAAAUGGAUUGUAAAAUUGUUGUUAAAUUGUAAAAGUAAUCCACAAUCACCAUUGAAUCACAUAGAUCUGGCACAGUACAGUUGGCUUUCACUAACUGUACAUUUCCACUUGUGAAUAUCCUGCAGCUAUAUUAAGUCAAUUCAACUCUUAUUUCCACUUGUGAACUUUUCCAAUUCCCCAGACUAGCACCUUCCCUCUGCUGUCCUGCUAGUGCAGCUGCCUGUAGAUCACUAUAGAGGACAUGAUCUAGGGUUAGCCUGGCAUAAGAUGAUCAGGAGCACACCCAUCUGAUGAGGUCACAGUGAUCACUCGCACACAGCGACUGCUGCUGAGACGGUUUCAGUGUGAUGUUGAACAGGAAUGCUGAAGCUGUGGAGAUGAAAGGUGAUCUGCAGGGUGUGUGUAUCAGAGAGAAACCUUACUGGUAUGAUGGGUACACACUCUCACAUGUUCUCACUGUCCACACUGCAACAUGUACAGUGUGGAUGAUGUGGAGCCCCCCCUCACCUCUGUGCAGUCUGCAGUAUGCCACAGAUUUAUAGACACUAUCAGCAUAACAUGAGUCAAUUCAUUCAUUCUAGAAAGCAAUUAUAAUGCAUUAAAAAACUAGAUAGAAAUGUAUUAAUACUUCUAUUUCCUUAUAUAGAUUGAAUUGGAUUUCAAAGUGCUAUAUCAGAAUAGAUUUCUCUUUAAAGAACUACCAACCGCACCGUGCCUUCAUCUGCGGCAGCUCUGUGGAUUACACUGUAUGUUAUCGAUGGCACACUGAUAUUAUAUUCACUUAUCACAAUACAUUUCUUUGAAGAUGGAAAAAGAAAGUAAAUGCAUAAUUGCUUUUCAAUGAUUGUAUUGAUUGACUCUGAUGCUGAGAUGUGGCAAACUGCAGACUAUACUUGAGCCAUUGUAGCAUCAAGCUUUGGUUUCUGUCAUUGAAAAUAAGAGGUUGUCCAAAUGGGAAAUAUGUUCAAUAUUUGAUUAGGUUAAUAUGCAAAUCCUUCAUGUUGUUGUAUUGUGUAGGUUGUUCUCAUGUCGGAGCCAUAUGUAUGCAAGCUAGUUUAGAAUCACCUGAGCCACACAAUAACAGGUCUGCCCAUAAUGAAACAUGCACUGCUUUCCAAUACUCUGAGGGCAGCCUCACAUUACACCGCAGGAUCAACAAGUGGCAUAAAUACAUAAAUACAUAAAUAUAUAUAUAUAUAUAUAUAUAUAUAUAUAUAUAUUCUUCAUGACUAUGAUGGUAUGGAGUCCUGAUAAGUCGGAGCUCCAUGACAAUAUUCCUUUGACUCUUCUUGGAGCUAGAUCUCUGCAGCUGAUUAUCUUCUACCUCCUGAUGCUAGCCACGUUAGCUCAAACAGUGUGAAACAGACUGUGUUUGUUAGCAUAUGCAAAUGAAAAUGAUUUCCUAAACACACUCCACUUGAAGACUACACACCAAACACGGAAGAAUUUUAUCACAGCACAUAAGUCAGUCUUCUAAUUUGAAUGUUAUGCAAUAAUAAUAGAUGGCAUAUAAUUUUGUGAAAUAAAACAUAUAGCACCGUCAAAUGUCAUGAUCACUACAUUAAUAUAAUUAACAUAUGAGAGGAUUUAACAAAAUGCUAUUGUAUAACUGUGAUUUUUGUGAGCGAGGGUUCACAUACAGAGUACUGGCUGUCUGAUUUAAAUCCAUCAUCUCUACCAGUAAGGUUCAUGGGGACAUUCUCAGGAAGUCUGUGAAGCUCAGUCUACAUCAUCUGCGUCUGAUGUAUGGAAGCUAGGAAGUGCCAUAAUAAUCCCAGAGCUUUGAAGCAAAUGAAAAAGAACUUGUGAAAUGUACCCACUAUAUGAUACACAUGUUGAAGCAUGAAUACCACUGAGUUCAUUUAUAGCAGCUGUUUGACCUGCUGUCUGAAUGAACCUGACUUUAAUUCCAAUCUUUGUAUUUUGAUUUAACGCAAUUCUUUCUUCUUCAAGGAUUUAUAAAAUGACAAUAAAACAUUUUAUCCCAAUAAUUUUUAAAUAUACAAUUUAUAGUAAAAGUCAGACUUUAAUCUUGUGUUCAUUUAUUAUUAUCAUGAACAAGAUUUAAAAAAGAAAGAAUGAACUAAUAAUUGAAUAAUGAAAUGAAAAAAAGUUAUUUCCCCACAAGAUAAAUAUAUUUUGAGAUGUAGGGGUAAAUCGCAACGUUCAAGCUGAACAUAUUCAGACUUCAGAGCCCACAAUUCAUGAAAUCAAUAUAUAUAAAUAUAAAUUCAGUGUUAUUUAAAUGUGACAUUCAGUUUCAAUAGUGGUUACAUUUCACAUCAGCUAUUCAUUUUCUUCAUAGUUUUAAUUAUUAUGGCGCUAUUUGCUUCCAUACAAUUCAAGCAAAAAAGGUCUUAUCUCACGAAGCAUUUGAUGUAUUUCUGUUCAUGUUUUGUAGCUUUUUAAUGUCCUUAUUCUACAUCUGAGUGAUGUGUGUCUUUUCUUGUCUUACUAGAUGUGAGAUUUGUUCACCACCAGUUUGUUUUGAAGUCUCUGAGCAGAAUGAUAGGAGCUCAGCUGAAGGCUUCUCAGACCAAAUGAGCAAUAACAGACCGUGUCUCACAAUCAUCGGAGGUUCAGGUUAGGAUCUGUCACAGGAGUGAUUCUCCAUCAUGUUGGAGGCAGAAAAACGUAAUGACCAAACUGCAUUAAUAUCUUAGUACAAGAGAAGAAAAAGACUGUUCUAUGGACUAACUGCUGCUACCCUCUAGUAACCCUGAAUAAUCAAAUGCACAAUCAACACUGUUUUGGAUCUUCAGUUUCUCACCUUUCCUUGUAGAUAUUUAACUUCCUUGUUUCCCCCUGAUCCUCGAUUCUAAACAUGGAACACGUUUGACGUCCAUCACGGGUAGCUGAGUGUUGGUGUUUGGGUUCAGUAGCUGGGAUGGUUGAUCAUGUGAAUGCAUGUAGAGGAACGCUUUGUGCUGAUGUCGUGCUGAUGUCGUGUUUCUUUGUUGUUGUUUGUUCUCCAGCCUGCUCUUGCUCUGUCAGCAGAAAAUAUGGAAGCCCCUUUCCACCGAGAAAUGAAAGAAGAAAAAAAGAUUUAAAGAAAUUUAAAAUGAUGAGAUGCCAAUUAAAAAUGUGUUACCAAGGCAACAUUUAGGCUCAUACAUACUUUGAAUAUUAUUUUGAGUACCAAAUACGCAGUUUUCUUGGUGUCCACGGACCACAAUUAUUGUUAAGUUUUUCAAAUUUCGUAAUUUUGACCCUUUAAAAAGAAAAAACCUAACCUAAACCUUUAGUUCAUCGUACAACUUGGCCAUUUUGGCCAUCUCAUAAUUUUGAUGAAGUAUUUAGUCUCGUUGACCCACUUUUAUCAUUUUGGAAUUCAGGUUAGGUUAGGUUAGGGCCACAUCUCAUGAAAAACGACAUCAUUACAUGCUAACUGGCUAAUGCUAGUUGUGAUUCUUCCCCUGGUGGUGAGGGGCUUCCAAAGAGACGUGUGAGGAGCGGGCUGUGGUUAUAUCAUUGUUUUUUUUCUUGGAUACUAACACGGGUCUUUUGUAAGUGAUAGCCCCCCCUCCCCUCCCCCAAUUAUAUUAAACCAUUAUAUCGUGGUGCUAUAUAUAUAUAUAUUUGAUAAAAAUGACUUAAUGUAUUGCGAUUAAUAUUGUCUGAAAAUAAUUGUGAGUUGAGAGGGUUAUGGUGAAAAUAUAUUUUGGAUACAAAUGAAAAAAAAAAAGAUCUAUGUUAAUAAUUAUAAAUCUAUUGAUAUUAACACUGACCCCCGAGGUACAUUAUUAGAUUGCAGUUUAAAGUUUGUACAUCUUUUUGAUAGUGUAUACCAUUUUUUCCUUUCAUAUGGUCACUUCGUGCUGUGAUGGAGCUUUGAUAGACUUUGUAAAUAAAGCCAAAUGUUGGAUCAUGUUAUCGGUUGUGAUGGAUGGCUUCUUCGUUUACAAAAUGUUUCCGCAUGGCUGUGAAAGUUUAUCUGGUGAUUUUUGUAAGAUUUGACUUUUACACUGAAUAAAAAGGCUUAUGACUUCCAA